AGCCAAGUCGCGGAGACAAGUCAAGCCGCCGCACCGCGCCUCAUACUGGAUGGCUAAAACUAAGGCAUCCUCUAGGGCUCAGGCACAUGGUUCUGAGCAGCGGGGUACCCCCAGUGGUGCACAAGUCAAUGCUCAUGCAACGUCGUUUCGGCACCUAACGCCAGAGCUGCUCCGCCGCAUCGCCGCGUGCCUGCCGACAAACGAUGUGGCUGCUCUCUUUAAGUUCGCAAACAAAAGCACGGCUGCCGCCCUAACCGACUUCACCGCUGUAGCCAUGGGCGAGACGGCCGCGUGGAUGCUGUGCCCAAAGGAUGGCAUCGUGCCGGCUGCGCACUCGGGCUUGGCUGCCGCGGGCUCGCCGCUCCAUCCCUAGAAGUGGUUCCGCCUGGCUGCCCCCGGUCCAGCUGCCGGGAAGAUUAUGGCGCAGCACUGGAUGGGGCCGCAGCUCUGGCGCGGCCUAAACCUGCGGCAACGGCGCCAGAUGCUUUGCACUGCCGCCUCGUUGGCGCCCCACCACCACGGUGCCCUACGCGGCGUGCUCGCCGCUUGUGGCUGCACUGUGACGCCCCCCGUGAUGGCCGCCGCAGCCGCCGUCGGCAACUGGGACGCCUGCAAACUGCUGGCAGCGCAGUACGGCUGCCCGCGCGACGCGGGUGUGUGCCGCGCGGCGGCGGCGUCCGGCAGCUAUGCGGGGCUGCAGUGGGCGUCAAGGGGCGAGCAGGAGGAGGAGGCGGAGGAGGGCUGGGCCGACCCACAUGACAGCGUGUCCACCUCCUCCGAACCCCUCGCCCUGAUGCUGGCGGCCUGCCGCGGCGGCCGCCUCGAACUCAUGGCCGAGCUUGAGGAGACACGCGCGUACGACCCCGCCUGCGAAGACAUGGACGACAACAUCAACGACCAGCUGCGGCUGCUCCACGCCGCCGUCGACUACUACUGCAUCAGCGAAAGCAGAGCAGCAACCGCCCCCCGUGGCUGUAGCAGCAGCACCGGCAGGCGCGGCGGCAGCGGCAGCAGGAGCGGCAGUAGCAGCCUCGGCAGGCGCGGCCAGGGCCAGCAGGGAGCGGCUGCUACUGGCGAGGAGGUGUUGGAGGCGGUGAUGGACCGACUGGGUGGCGAGCCGGCGGCUAUGGGCCUGAUCCACCUGGUGUCGCGCUGCCCGCUGCCGGUGCUGCAGCGCUUCUACGACCGUGUGCUAGGCCUGGGCGGACACGACGAUGAUGUUGGCGCUGGCCGCGACGGUGGCGGCGCGGGCGGCGACGACUGGGAGGCCAAGACGGAGUGGAUGCUGCGCGAGAAGCUGGGAAAGGGAUGGGGCUGGGACACCGUCGCGGAUGCGCCAAGCCGCUGGCGCGCGGCGGCGGAGCGGCCGGACUUCGUGACGGCGCGGCUGCCGCGGCUGGCGGCGCACGGCGUGGUUAUCAACACGCGGGAGGGCGCGGUGGCGGCGGCGAGUGGGGCGGCGGAGGCUGGGCGGGUGGAGGCACUGCAGCACGUGCUGGGCGAGGUGUGUCCGCGGCUGGAGCUGCCGGCAGCGGAGGUUGCGGCGGAGGCGGAAGUGCUGGAGGCGGCUUUGGAGGGCGGCUCCGCGGCCGUGUGUGUGGUGCUGCAAGAGCACGGCGUCGCGUUCUCGCUGUGCGACGUGCGUAGCGCUGCUGGGCUCGGCCACGUUGAGCUGGUUCGAUGGCUUGCCAGCACGCCCGGUGCCGUGCGGGUGGCCGGUGCCGCGGGCGCGGGUGAUACGGAGGCCCGGGAAGCAUGGUGCUGGGUGUUCUCGCGUGUGGCGGAGGCUGGGUGCGACGUGCCGCUGCUGCGGGUGCUGCACGAGCGGUGCGGCGCGGCGGUGGAUCUGGUGGCGGUGGCGGCUGGCGGCAGCGUGGAGCAGCUGGAGUGGGCGGCUGCGGUGCUGCGGGCAUCGGGGCGGGAGCCCAUGGCUCUGUCGGUUGACGAGCUGUGGCGCGUUGCCAACGCCUGGGGCAACACCACCACCGCCGACUGGCUGGUGACUGCGGGGUUGGUGCCGCUGCCGGCGCUCGAGUACAUCUGCGGCCGCAUUCGGGAAGAGCGCGACAACUCAGGCACUGCAUCGGCAGCCGGCGGUGUGGCCUGGUGGUUGAACGCAAUGAAGCGGUCGGAGGUGGCGGCGUCAGCUGGGGGCGCAGCUGGGGCGGCGGCGGCGCGGGGCGCAGCCGAUGCGGCGCGGGCGGCGAUGUGGCGGCAGCUGGUUGGCGCAGCACAGCAGCGGACGGCGGCGGCAGCCGGGGGUCGAGAGCAGCUGCGCUGGCUGCAGCAGAUGCAGCGUGAUGCAGCGCCGGUCGCGGCGCGGGGGCGGCGGCACUGAGGCGGGGUUAGCCGUACGAAGCUUUGCUGUUUUGAGACACGUUUUGGUGGUGGGGCUGCCAGAGCGGGAGGGCGCAGGCUAGGGCCAGGCCAGCAAGUAUGAGUGCUCGGAGAACAAUAUGAGGGAGAGGAUGAUACAGGCGAUGCAAACAAUGAAGAAUUGUGCAACACAAGCUGCGUGCAGCCACUGACUGCGACUAUUGCGAGAUUUGCGACAUGGGCUGAGGCGCUGAGCACUGAGAAGGGAGCAGGUGCCUGAAGCUGAGGCUACAGGAAACGCCGCUCUGCAUAGGGGAUGCCAACGGGAGUUCCCUAGGUUUACACCGCAGACUCUGCACACGGCCGCGGCAAGUAGCUUCCCUUCGCCGUGCACACCACGGAUGCUGACGUUGCAAGGGCAGGCCUGUGACUCGUUAGACACGGGAAACCGCAAGUCUGGUACUGCGUCCGGUAUGCUGCUCUGGCGCAAGGGCCGGAAUGAGCCUGAUCCACAAGUCGCAACUUGCAAGGC